AUGGUUUACGCCUCCAACGGCGUGCUGAUAGCAACGGGCAAGUUCAUCAUCGCUGUGCUGGACGACACCCACUUAUUUGUGAAAGCAGACAAGGUGGAUUUUGUGAGGGAGAAGGUCCAGGAGUUCAACGAUAAAAACGUGUACCAGCCGCCGGCCGACAAGGGCGAGGAGGGCGGCGGCCGCGGCCGCGCCGGCAAGUGA